AUGGGCCCAUGGUGGGGAGAGAACGGCUACUUGCGGCUGGCCAAGAACAGGGACCGUCACUACUCUCUUACAAAGGCCAUGAAGGCCCUCUGCUUCCUGGCUACAUGGUCUCUCUUCCUGGGUCUGGGCACCUGUGUAAAUCCUGACCUGGACUCUGAAUGGCAACGAUGGCAGAUGGAAUACAAGAGACCCACCAAGAGGACAGGGGAUCUGAUAAGAAGGGAGAUCUGGGAAGAGAACUACAGAUUCAUUGAGGAACAUAACAAAAGGUAUAAGGAGGGCAAAGAGACCUAUGAAAUGGGAAUGAACCAGUUUGGAGAUCUUACCACCAGUGAAUUUGUGGAAGUCACACGGGCGUCACUGGAAGCAAGAACCCCAAGAAGCAACAGUCUGAUGCUCUCUGCCUCUGAGCUGCGCCAGGAGGCCCAGAAACUGAACAUCAGGAGCAUUGAUUACAGGAGCAUGGGUUACAUCACUCCUGUGGAGGACCAGGGGUUCUGUGGUUCCUGCUGGGCAUAUAGUGCUACUGGGGCUCUGGAAGCCCAGUGGAUGAAGAAGACGGGCGAGCUGAUCCCCCUGAGCAAACAGCAGCUGGUGGACUGUUCCACACCCACAGGGAACAAAGCCUGCAUAGGAGGCCGGCCAAGCCUGGCCUACAUGUACAUCAUGCAAAAUGGGGGCAUCCAGACUGAGGCCUCAUACCCUUAUGUCAUGGAGGAGAGGAGCUGUGCUGCUAACAGGAGUGAGAAUGCUGUCUCAGUGAAGGACUGGAAGUAUGUGCCCCCUGGAGAUGAACAGGCCUUUGAGGAUGCUCUGGUGACAAUUGGACCCAUAGCCGUGGUCAUUGACACGACUACCCGCAACUUCCAGUUCUACCGAAAAGGAGUCUUUUAUGAUCCAAAAUGUUCCAUCUGGAAGCAGGCUCAUGCUGUCGUGCUAAUUGGUUUUGGGACUGAGGGAUCUGAAGAGUUUUGGACAAUCAAGAACAGCUGGGGUAUUUACUGGGGGGAGGAAGGAUAUAUGCGGCUAGCCAAGAACAGACAGCGUCACUGUGGGAUCAGUCAGUAUGGGGUUGUGCCAUUUGUUUAA